AAGUGACGUAACAGGAGCGAUCAUUUCCUGUUCCAUUUACAAAGGAUGUAGAUCAUGGGGUGCAAUAAUUUCUUGAGUUUUAUUUGCCUUACCGGGUAUUUAUGCUCCAGGGCUUUCUGCGAUGGCCCUUACCAACCGAACUGGAAGAGUCUUGACAGCAGGCCUUUACCCAGCUGGUACGAUGAGAGCAAGUUUGGGAUUUUCAUCCACUGGGGAGUGUUUUCCGUGCCCAGCUUCGGCAGCGAGUGGUUUUGGUGGAACUGGAAGGGAAGGAGGGAAUCUAGCUAUGUGGCGUUUAUGGAACAGAACUACCCACCGGGGUUCGAAUACAGCGAGUUCGCUCCAGAAUUCACCGCCACCUUCUUCAACCCGGAUCAAUGGGCGGAACUGUUCGAGGAAUCCGGAGCAAGAUAUGUGGUGCUGACAACAAAACACCAUGAAGGGUUCACAAACUGGGGAUCGCCAGUGUCCUGGAACUGGAACUCCAUUGACACAGGACCACAUCGAGAUCUAGUGGGUGAUCUGGCAGCUGCUGUUCGUAGACGGAAGUUAUAUUAUGGAGUGUACCAUUCUCUCUUUGAGUGGUUUAACCCUCUCUACUUGUAUGACAAGCUAAACAAAUUCAAGACCCAGAAAUUUGUCGUGGAAAAAACUUUACCAGAACUCUACGAUCUGGUCAUAAGAUAUAAACCUGAUAUAAUCUGGUCAGAUGGGGACUGGGAGGCACCAGAUACUUACUGGAAUUCCACUGGAUUUUUGGCCUGGCUUUACAAUGAUAGUCCUGUCAAGGAUACUGUGGUAACUAAUGACCGCUGGGGAGUUGGCUGUGGUUGUAAACAUGGUGGCUUCUACAACUGCAAAGACAAAUACAGUCCCGGUAAACUACAGAACCACAAAUGGGAGAUGUGCACCUCAGUCGACAAAAGGUCAUGGGGAUAUCGCAGAAAUAUGAUGAUGAGCGACGUGAUGGAUCUGCCAUCCCUUCUCACUAAUUUACUGGAUACUAUUGCUUAUGGUGGCAACUUCCUGCUCAACAUCGGUCCAACGAAAGACGGCACCAUCGCUCCUAUUUUUGAGGAAAGGUUGCGUGGCCUGGGACAGUGGCUGCGUGUUAAUGGUGAAGCAAUAUAUGCAUCAACACCAUGGAGAGUUCAGAAAGAGAACUCUACAAACAUAAUAUGGUACACCAGUAAAGGAUCCUCAGUUUAUGGAAUAUUUACAAAGUGGCCCAUUGACAACAUCCUGCAACUGGAAUCGCCAAAGACCUUUCCAAACACCACUGUGACAAUGUUGGGAAUCCCAAAACCUCUGAAAUGGACGACUUCUCCCACCAAAGGCCUUCUCAUCUCCCUGUCCCCUCUUUCUCCAUUUACUGCUCCCUCAAAAAAUGGCUGGACAGUGAAAAUGGAAGGUGUUUCAUAAUCGGCAAAAAGUUUGGUUCUACUGAGAAUGACAAAGGAAUGUAUUUUAUAAUUCUGAAAGUGAUUAAAGAAUAUGAUUAAACUUAAUUUUUGCAUGAAAAUUAUACAUUGAAUGAUACAUGAUAAAAUGGAGAUUACAUAAUUUUAUAAAUCAAAGCACAUUACCUGACAACUCAGUACAAUGUAAGGUGAAAAUAAAUGUUUAAGAAGGAACUGCAGAUGCUGGAAAAUCAAAGGUACACAAAAAUGCUGGACAAACUCAGCGGAUGCUGCAGCAUCUAUGGAGCGAAGGAGAUAGGCAACGUUUUGGGCCGAAAUCCUUCUUCAGACUGAUCCCUAUCCCUUUCUUCUCCCCGCCUCCCCCACCCCCCAUCAGUCUGAAGAAGUGUUUCGGCCCGAAACGUUGCCUAUCUCCUUCGCUCCAUAGAUGCUGCUGCACCCGCUGAGUUUCUCCAGCAUUUUUGAUUACCUAAGGUGAAAUAAAAACUAUCUAAAGUACAAAUCUUUGACUAUAAACUCCAUAUGUUGAGGUUGAAUGGGCUAUGCUGUGACUUUUAUACUUUCAUAAUUUUGUAUUGCUUCACAUGACUUGGGAAUUUUUUUUAAAAAGUGCUACCUGGGAAAGUCCAUGAUCGAACUUGAGUUUUAAACAGUUUUAUAAAGGUUGCUUUGGAUUAAAAAAAUCCACAUUGUUAACGCUUUUAAACAAUGCCUGAAAUCAAAGUAAUACCAGUAGUUAUUACUGGUUAUUUACAAUUUUAUUGAAAAUAAACUUGAUGUACAAACUUCUACAAUAAUCCGAUCAAAUAUUUUUACUGAACAGAAGAUUAUUGAAAACGCACGUGAUUUUUUUUAGGAUUUUUAAAUUAAUCCUUCAAUUGCUCCUUUCCAAAAUUACACUCGGGUAGUGCAGAGAAUCAUACCUGCAAUAUGCCCAUGGUGUUUCCAAGAACACUGAUGGCACUCAUAGAGGGCGGCUUUCUCUGCCAACUUCACCUUAAUAUUACAGAUUUGCUUUGGAAAUAAGGAAGAUGUGUAACUCUUUCAAUACCUUUAUUUGUAAUUGGGCUUUCUACAUCAUUUGCUGAUUUGUGUAAAUUCUGCAGUUUGACUUUAUUUGACGUGGUCACAGUAAAUAAACAGUUAUCCUGUAAACAUAA